UUGGCGGCGGCGGCGCCCGGGCCGGCGGCGGCGCGGGGAGAAGAUGGCGGACGUGCUCAGCGUCCUGCGACAGUACAACAUCCAGAAGAAGGAGAUCGUGGUGAAGGGGGACGAGGUGAUCUUCGGCGAGUUCUCCUGGCCCAAGAACGUGAAGACCAACUACGUGGUGUGGGGGACUGGAAAGGAAGGCCAGCCUAGAGAGUACUACACAUUGGACUCCAUCCUAUUUCUACUGAAUAAUGUGCACCUUUCUCAUCCUGUCUAUGUUCGGCGAGCAGCUACUGAAAAUAUUCCUGUGGUUAGAAGACCUGACCGAAAAGAUCUGCUUGGCUAUCUCAAUGGUGAAGCAUCAACAUCUGCAAGCAUCGACAGAAGUGCCCCCCUGGAGAUAGGUCUUCAGCGAUCUACUCAAGUCAAACGAGCUGCAGAUGAAGUUCUAGCAGAGGCAAAGAAACCACGAAUUGAGGAUGAAGAGUGUGUGCGCCUCGACAAAGAAAGAUUGGCUGCCCGUUUGGAGGGUCAUAAAGAAGGGAUUGUACAAACUGAACAGAUUAGGUCUUUGUCUGAAGCCAUGUCUGUGGAAAAAAUUGCUGCAAUCAAAGCCAAAAUUAUGGCUAAGAAAAGAUCUACUAUCAAGACUGAUCUAGAUGAUGACAUCACUGCCCUUAAACAGAGGAGUUUUGUAGAUGCUGAGGUAGAUGUGACUCGAGAUAUUGUCAGCAGGGAGAGAGUGUGGAGGACACGAACAACGAUUUUACAGAGCACGGGAAAGAAUUUUUCCAAGAAUAUUUUUGCAAUUCUUCAGUCUGUAAAAGCCAGAGAAGAAGGGCGUGCACCUGAACAGCGACCAGCCCCAAAUGCGGCACCUGUGGAUCCCACGUUGCGUACGAAACAGCCUAUCCCGGCUGCCUACAACAGAUAUGACCAGGAGAGAUUCAAAGGAAAAGAAGAAACGGAAGGCUUCAAAAUUGACACUAUGGGUACAUACCAUGGUAUGACGCUGAAAUCUGUAACGGAAGGUGCAUCUGCCCGUAAGACUCAGACUCCUGCAGCACAGCCAGUACCCAGACCAGUUUCACAAGCAAGACCUCCCCCAAAUCAGAAGAAAGGUUCUCGAACACCAAUUAUCAUAAUUCCUGCAGCUACCACCUCUUUAAUAACCAUGCUUAAUGCAAAAGAUCUUCUUCAGGAUUUAAAAUUUGUCCCAUCGGAUGAAAAGAAGAAACAGGGCUGUCAACGAGAAAAUGAAACACUAAUACAGAGAAGAAAAGACCAAAUGCAACCAGGAGGCACUGCAAUUAGUGUCACAGUACCUUAUAGAGUCGUAGACCAGCCCCUUAAACUUAUGCCUCAAGAUUGGGACCGGGUCGUAGCAGUUUUUGUACAAGGUCCUGCUUGGCAGUUCAAAGGUUGGCCAUGGCUUUUGCCUGAUGGAUCACCAGUUGAUAUAUUCGCUAAAAUUAAAGCGUUCCAUCUCAAGUAUGAUGAAGUUCGUCUAGAUCCAAACGUGCAGAAAUGGGAUGUAACAGUGUUAGAACUGAGUUAUCACAAACGUCAUUUGGAUAGACCAGUUUUCUUACGGUUCUGGGAGACACUGGAUAGAUACAUGGUGAAGCAUAAAUCCCACUUGAGAUUCUGAAUUGCUUGAUUCUUCCUUUUCUGAAAAUCUGGAUUAAGAAACAUGGAUACAUAUACCUUGAUCUAAAGACUAAGACUCAAGCUUUAUGAAUUUAUCAAGAACUUAACAAAUGAAGAAGGUCACAGAUUGAUCUUUUUAUAGGACCUUAUUUGAUGCUUUGUGCUUCAAAGGGGUGAUGCUUGUCAUCCGUUUAAGCAAACUUUUGGCUUACAACUAUUUUUUUAAUAUUAGCCUUCUAGUCUGUAAUUGAAAUUGUAUAUUUUGAUAGAAGUUUUUUCUCUAUUCGUUAUAUUAGCAUUACUUAAAACUUGUUUCUUUAGGAAAUAGAUGCAGGAUAUAAAUGUGUGUAUAUUUAGAGGUUUAAGGCUUUCUAAGCCAUCUUGCUUCUGAUUUUUCAUUGCUCUAUGAAUUCCUUUUACUGAAAAUGCUAUGUUAUGAAUGGUGUUAAAUUUUAGUCUUGGGAGCUUAAAAAAACAAGCAAAGGGAUGUGACUAUUUUGAAUGAAUCAAAAUGUCAACCUGUAAGUCUACUAUAUCUACAUUUAUUCUAUUUAAAAAGGAAUAAUGAAAAAUCAAGAAUAAUUCUUCAAUUUUGGUUGAACUGUUCAGCCUUUAUAUCAGACUUUUCCUUACAAAUGAAUACAGUCCAUGAAUGUACAUUCUUCUCCCUGACUUUGGUGAUUUUAAAACUUAGAAUGAUAUAUUUCUAUCUGUGAUAUCUUUCCACUUGGAAAAUCUCAAAACACAGAUUAAAAACAUAAUAGGCUGUACUACUUUUUAUUUUGGGAGCCAGAGUAUGAGUUGGGGAAAGGAUUAUGUGUCAGCUGUAUUGCAGUGUAACUUUAACUUCCUUAUCUUUUCUCCUAAGUCCACCUUUGAUUCUUAUUUUAUAUGGUAUUGGAUUUCCAGUCUUCUGUUUCUGGCAUGUCAGUUUUGGUGUUCUUAUCUUCCAUUAUCCCUAAAUAUUGAUUAACUCCAGACACCAAAGAACACAUUUGCUUAAUUAAGUGUCUGAACAGAAACAAGAUAAAAACACUGGUAUUUUUAUGUGUGUAUUCAAUAUGGUAUAAAAUAUAAAACCUAUAUUUUAACUUAGUAAAAUAUUUUACUAUUUCUCUACAGAGUGUUGUAUCCAAGGUAUAAUGAAUGACCAUUUUCCUUGAGUGUUGAUCUCGUCUGUUACUACUUAAAAGGAACUGAUGAUUUUAUUCCCCUAAAUUGUUUUUGCAACCAGAACUGUUGCUGUUCAUUGAGUUAUAGGUCAUUUUUUUUCUCCACUUUUUUCCCCAGUGAUUCUUUCUUAGGUCUGUCUGUCUUUCUAUCUGUUGAUCAAUCGAUCGAUCGAUCGAUAGAUAGAUGUAAACAUUUAGCUCCUUAUGUUUUCAUUGGACUACCUGUCCUCUUUUUGGAAUUUGAUGAUAUCAUUAAAUGAGAAGAAAUUAUUAUUUAUUUUUUAAGUAGCCAAAAAGUUCCAUACUUGUAGUAAAUAGAAAGAUAUUUAUUCAUAUGGAAUUUAUAAGGUUCUUGAGAAGAUAAGCAGUCAGCAUUUUAAAAUGUUAGAUUUUAGUAUAUUUGUAAAGUUCGAACCAAUUCUAUCCCCAUUUUCUUCCCUUCUCUGCAUUCCCUCUUCAUAAAAGAAAACUCAAAUUUGUUAACAUUAGACCAUGAUGAAAUAGUUAAGGACUAGAAUCUACAAGAUUUCAGUGUAAGAUUACUUGUUUAGACUACUACAAAUAGAAAUUAACUACCUUUCCAUGAAGAUUUUUGGUAUUUAUAUAUGAAAUUUGCUUGAUACAGAAUAUGGUUAAAAUUAACGUCUACUUUGAACAGGGUUUAUUUUUCUAUUUUGAAUUUGCCUUAUGUAUAUUCAGAGGCUUCUGGAAAUGCUGUACAGAACAUUAGGAAAAGUACAAAUUUGCUAUACCAUAUAUUUUAAAAUUGGUCUCUUUGUAUGAACUUGGUUUCUUAUUUCUUUUCUUCAGUUUAAUUCCUUAUUUACGUUCAUGUAUUUAAUUUCCUAACCAUUAAUUCUAAAAAAGAAGCAAGCAAACAAAAACAAAACUUCAAGCCAGUCACUAUUCAUUCUUCUAAGACUCAGUCCUACAUUAGCACCUAACACAGUGCCUUGCACACAGUAGGCAUUCAGUAACUACAGAUGCAUGAAUGAAUGUUGUAUUUUCAGAGUAACUGAUGUUUUUCAAAACAGUAAUUUGUACUUGGUCUUGAAGUAUGAUUAUAACAAUUACAGGGAAUGAAGCAUAAAUAGAUAUUUUAAUAGAAAUGAAGUACCCAUUAAUAAACAACUUACCAUAAUUUAUUAUUAAAUGGAGAUACUCUUGUCUGCUCCACCUAUAAAGAUGCCUCUGUUUUCUAUACACAUAAGAUACUCUUCUGAGUCAGGUAAAAGUAAGAAGCCUAGAGUCUUUGUGUAGUAGCUGUUAACCUGGCUGCACAGUAGAGUCAUUUGGAGGGAUAAAAUCAUACCUUUUGGAAUGCUGAUUCUGAUGUAAUUUGUCUGUAAUGAGAGCUGAUCAGCAGUGCUUUUCAAAAUUUCUCCAGAUAGUUUUAAUGUGCAAGAAGGAUUGAGUACCAAUGGUUUGUUGUUGAAAACAAUACCAGUAUUAAAUGUAUUUGCUCCUCCUCUU